UGCAGUUCUUACUGAUACUAAAAUCGUCUCACUUUUGACUAGUGGGAGCCCCUCUAUGUUGGCUCCUGAUUUUUUUUAUGUGAUUCACCUGCUUUGACAGCUUUCCUGCUUUUUACAUGUUAAGGUAUUCUAGGCUAGUGAUUCUCAAAGUGUGAUCUGAGGCUGCCUGGGGGUUCCUGAGACCCUAUAAAGGGAUCCAUGAAGCCAAAACAAUUUUCAUAAUAGGACUAAGAUAUUAUUUACCUCUUUUACUCUCAUUUUCUCACAUGUGUAUACUGGAGUUUUCUAGAGACCACUGGUUGACUAUGGAAAUGUGUGUGUAUAUUUUUGUGUUUUCUAGAAUUUUCUAAGAUAAGCUCUUUGGAGUCUUCAAUAAUUUCUUAAAAUAUAAAGGGGUCCUAGGAUCAGAAAACUUAAGAACUAUUGUUCUAGGAUCCUCUUUACAUUUCUUACCACGUUCACAGGCUCACUGGUGCCUUUAUAAAUUAGCUUCCUUUUUUUUUCAGCUUUAUUUUUAUGUGUGAGUGAUCUGCCCCAAGUAGCAAAACCAGAAUUUGAAUGUAGAUGUUUAUGCAGUAUUUCCGUCCAUAAAAUAGAAUCACUGCUGUCCAAAAAUUUAUGAUUAAUUAAUGCUUAGAAGCUGUAAACACUGCAUGCUAUGCUAGACGUGUACAUUUUAGGGGCCACCAAGUAAAAUUAGCUGUUCUUUUUCUCAAGUGGAAUGGCCGUCCAAAAGGGAAAAACAGAUGUUGAGACAGGAUGAGUGGUUGCUAUAGCUCCAUGGUAUAAUGAGAAACAAUGCAUUGAAUAGUUGUUUUUCUGGUCACAGUAGGGAAAUUCAAGAUGCAGCAGUAACACAUUAGAGUGUUAACUUUUGAAGAUUUCAGCCAUCCGGAGAAAAGCCUACUUGGCAUGUGGAAUUCACUAGUUCAUGCGUUUCCCACUUAUUUCUGAACCCAAGAUCCAAAUGACUGCUUGACCAUGUAGCUCAGAAAUACUUUUUCAUCUUGCAGUUAAUUGAACCAAAUCCUGCAAGAAAGCAUCCUGCAGUUUUCAAAGCUGAAUAAUAGUGCCUGGGAUUCUCAUUUUCCCCUCACUGAAUAGUAUACAUAUAUCUAAAAGAUGGUUACUUAAAACCACUGGAUUUCAUGGUUCUCGGUCCUCAGGGGGAUCUUUAUUUUGUUUCACUCUGUUGAGCUAAACUUGGUAACUUGUCCUUUGUUCGCCAUUGCCAAUAACUGUAGCUUCUCUUCAGUACUGAACAUUAUAACUCACUUCCCAGGCACAUGGAAGAGUUUCCACCAGAAGAAAAAGACGUGUGCUUUCAAACCAAAUGGGCUUGGCUUUCUGAAAUCAGCAGCCUUACGUAAUGGACUUGAGUAUUUACAAAUGUAAGAAACACCUGACAACCUCAGGUCCAUCUGGAAAAGUGUCAUCAUAUAGGAAGCUUGGAUCAGAGCCCACAUCACCACUCAGGUGCUUCAUAAUUACUUUGUGGUUCAGUGUGGGAGUGAGGCAAAGGAUAUGUCAAGGGUUUCAGAGCUCUUAGUAAAAGAUAGAUAUCUUUGUCAGAGUAGAUAUUAAAUACUAAAUAAGUCUGCGUUUAUGAGCAAAUUUAUUUUUCACUGGAGCCUUGUUCUUUUUCUCAACAUUAAGUGUGUCACAGUGAAACGAUUUAAAUAUGUGCUUCAGGUGACUUGUUGCAUUUAGAUUUAUGUAUUUGGAAAGUCAGAUGCCUGGGCUUUUCUAGCAAGCCAGCUCAUGUUUUAGAAUACAUGGAAGUCAGUAUGGAGUGGAAGGGUAGUCUUUCAUGAGGAUGGCGCUACAGUUGGUCAUGUCGAAUUUUAUUUUCUUUCGUGUCACUGACCAAACCGCAAAAAAAAAAAAAAAAAAAAAGUUUCAUGUUAAAUUCACUAAACAGACCGACUUUGCGUGGAAAGCAUGCAGUGUAUAAUGAUGUGAGCCUUGAACUUAUGGCUGGGGAAUGCCAGGAAUCUGGUGUUCUGGUGUCACUGAGGAAAAUGACCCCGCCUCUUUGUGCCUUGGCUUCCUGUUGAGAAAGUUCUGCUCUUCAUAAGAGCUCUGAAGGAUUAGGAGGAAGGUGCUUUAUGUGUGGAUUUUUCCAUAAAAUGCAGUCCUAACUGAAAGGCCGGGUUAAAGAAAACUCGCUGUGCGCCCUCCUCAACUGUUCCGCAAUGAGUGCCAAGUCUGCCAUCAGCAAGGAAAUUUUUGCACCUCUUGAUGAAAGGAUGCUGGGAGCUGUCCAAGUCAAGAGGAGGACAAAGAAAAAGAUUCCUUUCUUGGCAACUGGGGGUCAAGGCGAAUAUUUAACAUAUAUCUGCCUGUCAGUGACAAACAAGAAACCCACACAGGCGUCCAUCACGAAGGUCAAACAGUUUGAAGGCUCCACGUCAUUCGUGCGGAGGUCACAGUGGAUGCUUGAGCAGCUUCGCCAGGUUAAUGGCAUCGAUCCUAAUCGGGAUUCUGCAGAAUUUGAUCUGUUGUUUGAAAACGCAUUUGACCAAUGGGUGGCCAGCACAGCUUCAGAAAAAUGCACCUUCUUCCAGAUCCUCCACCAUACCUGCCAGAGGUACCUCACGGACAGGAAGCCCGAGUUUAUUAACUGCCAGUCCAAACUCAUGGGAGGAAACAGCAUCCUCCAUUCGGCAGCCGAUAGCGUGACCAGCGCCGUACAGAAAGCGAGCCAGGCCUUGAACGAGCGUGGGGAGCGGUUAGGCCGAGCAGAGGAGAAGACGGAAGACAUGAAGAACAGCGCCCAGCAGUUUGCGGAAACUGCACACAAGCUCGCCAUGAAGCACAAAUGUUGAGAAGCUGCCUAUCUGGGUGAUGACCCUCUUAAGAGAAAUGGAAGAGCUCAGCGGUUUUUACAAGAAUUCCGGACCUCUGCUUGCUUCUUUUUUUCCAAUAUAUGGACUUAAGUUUUUUUGCUUUGCCUUUUCAGAUGUUAAUAUGAAAGAAUAGAUGUUGUGCUGAUACAUUUCACUAAUGAUUGUGCUAAGAAAGGCUGCAGCAGGCAUCAGCUUCAUUUGGUUUUUGUUUUUCUCCACUGUGUGUAUAUAUGUCUUUAGGUGUGUUUUCUCUUUUUUUGUUUUAAGGUGGGUUUUUUUUUUUUUUGGUAGUUUGAAUAUAAAAUUAGGACCAAAUGAUAUCCAGAGUUGGGUCUAAACUGACAACAUGUAUUCUUUUUUUCUUGAUAUUAAGGCAGAGAGGUGUGCCUGGCUGGCUCAGUUGGUAGAGCGUGCAACUCUUGAUCUCGGGGUCAUGAGUUCAAGCCCCACAUUAGGUGUAGAGCUUACUUGAAAAAAAAUUGUGAUAUUAAGCCAGAAGACCUUUUAAUAUGGUAACAUGAGAUAUUAUUGUUCCUAGAUGGAAAUCAGAGUCAAGCAGUGAUUGGUCUCUCCGUCUCCUAGCCGCUCUUAAAUUUGAAGGUUAAGAUUCUAUAUCUUGAAACAGAAGUCUGUAUUAUGGGAAACAUUUGGAUUUAUCGGGGGAAACAGCAGUCUUAGAUUUUGCUUUUUAUGUAGUAAUUUCUUGCAUGAGCCAUCACCAGCACUCAAAAAAACCAAAUCAGAAUGACAGAAAUCUACUUUCUGAGCUACAGUUUAGGUAUUUCUAGUACUUGUUUCCAGGCUGAUUAUUUGCAAUUAUCAUAUGAAGGGUAAAAAUUUGACAUUAAAGGCCUAAGGAAAACCCUAUUUAAAAACUUCUGUACAUUCAUAGAUGUCUCUUUCUUUUGUCAUUGUCCCAAAUUACGGCAGCCAGUAUUGAAAAGAGCUUGGAUUUUUAUCAAGAAUGGAUUUGUCCAGAUAAAGGUCCGUGUAAAUGAUAACGUGAAAAGAUACUACAUUUAAAAUCUCUUUUCUUUUUACAAAGUCAUGCCAAUUUUAGAAACACCCUCACAAUAUCCUUGGGAAAUGGCCUUCAGUUUCAUGGUAUCUGAUUUUUGGAGGUUUUGAUGUUGUUAUUGCUAUCUAUUUAUUUAAUGUAAUUUAAAGUGUGGGUGUCUUGACAAAUUGUAUUUCAUGGCAAUUGCAACUUGCCUGGUCUGACAUAAAACAUGAUCAUGAAGGCUUUACACUGCAGUCAGAUUGAAUAAAGUUGGUUCACACACCUCCUGAUUUUGUAUUACUCCAGGGAGUGCUGGGUUUAGAGUCUGGGAGUUUUGUUUCUUUAAGGGUUUAAUGUUAAAUAUAAAAGUUGUGUUUUGUCUUCAUGAAACAAGGAAGCAAGCACACCCCAGACACAGUCCCAGCCUCCCACUGCAAGGGCAUUGAUUUUUAAGCUGCCUGAAUCUUCAGGAUCCCUUUCUGUUCCUUUCUACCCAUUGAGCCGAUUGAGUCUAUGUAUAUUGUAGCCUCUUACACAGCAGCAGAAGAUGACUUUGGAAUUAUUUAUGCUGAUUUAAAUAGCUUAAGUUCUCCUGAUAAAGCAUUCCUGGGAGACAAAGUUGGGCUUUGGGGGCAAAAAAAAUUUAUCUUAGACUGUAUGUGUCAAAAGGGAGAUGGGAUUUGCCAGACACAAAUUUCUGAAUCCUCUUAGGAAGAUGAUCCAGUUCAAGAAAAUUCUCUGUAAAAUUAAUAUGGUAAACUACAUAAGUUUAGUACAAGUUUUGUGCUUUUCUUCCAGUGUCUAAAAAGUUCAAAGAAGCCAGGAACUUUCUAUCUGAUGAGCACCAUUUAUAAUUUCUAAGAAAAGCCCAACGAAUCACUCCAAACAGGUUUUGUUUGCAGACCUCAGCUCAGGAAACACACUACACACAGAUCUAUUCAUCUUCCAAAGUUGGAGUCUAGCUAGCUAGUUGGUAUAAAUAACUGAAAGGGUAAAUCUAAAACCUCCUGACAAUUGGCCAAACUCAAAAAUAAAUUUGUUGCCAAGAAUCUAACAAGAGUGUUUGCAGAGCUGCUUCUAAAGGAGCAGAGGAUGAGGUCAUAAGCAUACUGUGAAAUCUGAGAUUCUUCCUCCCCGGUAGAAUUAUGAUAGCCACUCUUCCUAAAUGUAGGUAUUCCACAUCGCACCCUCCAGCUUCACUCCCUGUUUAUCCUUUUAGACUUCAGCCUUGCCGGAAAUAGCUUGGAUUAGAACGCCUAUCUGGGUCUUUAUUAGCUUCCCCUAUUGAUUUGCUUCCAGGCCGUGGCCAUGCCCUUGACCUCCCUGGGUCAAAGCCCUACCUAGGCCUCCACCUUACGAGAGGCCAGGACCACAAUCCCCUGUCUUUCCUCUACCUCCUGACCUCUGUCAGAGCUGCCCUGUGAUGACACAUGUGAAGUGCUUCGCUAUCCUCUUGUAGAAGGUGCUGCAAUACAAAAUAUUAAUACAGUCUAGCCUAGAGAAAAUUGCUAAUUCGUCACGUUGUUUGGGACCAGUUUGUUGGGUUGAGCUGCUAGAAGACCGUUUGUUUCAUUUCUGCACUCCAUUUUGGGACACUUUCUUUCUGUGAAGGAGUUCUUCAAUUGUACUGACAACACAUAAAGAAAAGCUCCCCAGUAUUACUGCUUCUUCCUGGAACAUAGCUGUAGUUUUCUUCACUAGUAUUAGAUAUCUGUAUGCAGGAUGCAUCCAGUUGUUCAGGUUAAUGUUUCAUAUUAAAGAAUGUAUUUGUAAAAUGUAACAAGAUCAGUAGUGAACUUUUUUUAAGCUCUGAAAAAAUAAAAGAUUGUGUUAGACUUAAAAUUACAGUGAAAUCUGUCUUAAUACUUUUGUGGCUAACAAAGGUUGUGAAUUUAUGUAAAAAUAUUUACAGAAUGCCCUAAAUAAGGGAUAAUAAAGAUAGGUUUUGCUUUUCAGUUUUUAGAAUCGUAACACCGCGGCUGUCUGUUGUGCAGUUAUUAAUUCUUCAGAAGUUUCUCUAGGAUGUCAAAUAUAAUUUUUGUUUCUUUCAGAGACAAAUAACACCUGCUCUAUGAUUCACGAUUACAGUAAGCUCUCAUUUUGUCAUUAAAUAUUUUAACUCUGUGAUGAAAGUUUGUUUUUCUCAAUUAUUUGUCAAAUCUAUAAAACACAACCAAAUAGGCAGGCAUCAUCAUGCAUUCUAUGCUGUGGGGAAGAUCCUGUGGGCCUACGGAAGGCUAAUUCUAAUUCUAGCUCUACCAUAAUGGUAGCGUUUCCUUAUAUAUGUUCUAAAGGUAAAACCUGAAAUGUGUAAAAGUCAAAAGAGCUAACCUUACUUUAGACCAUUAGCUUCUAUCCAGCAAGAGUCUUUGGUUUUUUUUUUUCUUCUCACGGGCAAAGGAAUUAAGCCAAUGAACAAUUACCUUUCUGCUGAUCCUGGUGAUGUUCUCAACUCAGAUACUCAUUUACAGCCUGGGCCCUCAUUCAGCAGACUAGUUUCAUGCCCUGUUAAAUUGGAAAGAAGACUUGAUCCAAUUAUGUCGAUUUACUCUUAUAAAUACCGCAUCACCCACUUGUUUUCAAGGGAAGUGACUUGGGUGACGCUGUACAGAGCAGCCCUCUGGGUUGGCAUGGACAGGUGCUAAAGCAGGCAGGACUUUGAAGUGUUUCCUGGAUGGAAGGGCAAGACUGCAGUCUCUACUUUUCAGAGAAGACAGGACAGAGAGAUGGCUUGGCUGGAUGAGGAAAGCAGCCUUAAUUAUGUAGUUAAAGGCCCCAAUUCUUGCAAACUCAUUAUAAGCCCAUUGCUUUGCAAUAGUGAUCUUUUUUCUUAAUAUAAUUUGUAUUUGCUGGCAAUUCCACCACCAUUAAUUCUCAAUUUGAGGGGAGGAUGAAUAUGGUAAGCUUUUUUUAAUCUAAAAAAUAAUACUAAAAAGAUAAAAAAUCUAAUGGUGCCCUCCCCCUGACUGUGAGUGAGGACAUGCUUAGGAAAAACUAUUGACCCAUCAUGAUCAUCAUCUGCCUAAAGAAGCAGAUUGAGGGCGGGGAGUGAGGGAGGCAGAGAGAAGAAGAGUGGGGGGAAAAAAGUACCAAAAACAAAUUUCAAACAGAGAUGCAAAUGUUUGAGUGUUAUUUCUGUUGAUAUCCAUUCUGGGUGCCUGGCAGAGGUGGGCCUGGGUGGUACCUUGAUGGACGUUUGCACAUUCCACAUAUGCAUGCUCACAACUGACAGCAAGAAAAGAGGCUGUGCUCCUAUGUGCCCCUGAAAUCACUCCCACUUUCUUGCCCUUCUGGACUGGUGAGGUAGGUGCCAGUAUUUCCCAGGUCAACAAAACCAGAAAAUGCCUCAGGUGGGCCAUUGUCAGUGUAUGAGAUGUAAAGACUUAAGAGACAUGGAAAAAGAACAGAUCUCUGCCCCCCCCCCCCACAAGACAGAUCUCACUUAUUCUAUAAAUGUGAAUGUACUAACAGCCCUAUUGUAACAAGAUGGGGCAAACUAUGGAUUUUCCUUUGAUUUUCUUUUUGAACAUCCAGGAAUUACCAUACAAAGUGAUUUUGCAUAGCCAGAGCCAGCCUGACACAAAAAUUCGGCUUCAUUUUUACCUCCUACCAACCUCUCUCCCUUCCAUGCCCUUCACCUUGCUGUCCCUUUUUAAAUCCUGCUUCAGCUAACUAUUCCUCUGCCGUAAAGUGCUGGCUCACGGUGGCUUAGGGCAGUCUCCCCCCGGGCUGCCUCACUGUCACCUGGGAAGCCACUAGAAAUGCACACAUUUUACUCCCAAACUUGCCCUCUUGGUGUCCCUGGCCAUCUUGUGUUUUGCAAAGAAAAGCGAAACUACCUCAGAAGGCUUCGGAUGACGGCACCUGGCUUCCCCAGAUGCUUAAUGGGUUUAAACCAGCAAAUUAAAGCUGUCAAGGAAAUUAAAUGUACUAUGCAUUUCAGCUCAAUUACUGCUAUAAUGUAACCUCCUGCCUUGACUCCCAUUAUAUUUUCUCCCUGGAGCCUCGUCUGGAGCCUCAGGAUUUCCUGAGUCACGUUUUCACUUCCCAGCCCUGAAGUUUCGUGCCACAUUUUCUUCCUUCUGCUGAUGAGUCAUGGUCUUCAGGAGGGCUGCCUCAGUGGCACAUGCCACUGCUGGAUGUAGGCUGGUGAGGCAACACUGUCCUACCUCCCUCGGUUCCACGGGAACCAGUGUACAGAACUAAGGGAUUCUGAGUUGGCUGCUGCUGUGUAUUGCCACUGCUCUCGCAUUUUGUCUUUUAGACAUAUUAUAUGCCAGUGAUUCUCAGGUGGAGUGAAGGCUUUUUUUUUUUUAAUAGAACACAUGUUUGGGUUUUUUUUUCCUUAUCUUUGUGUGUUCAACCAGCCCGAGGAUGGCUAUUUAAAUGGAGCCUGGCCCCAUCACACAUCCAUAUUUAGAUGUGUCAGGAAUCACCAAUCCUGCAAGUCCCUGGUGUCCCUUGUCAACAUUAGAUAUGAACCUUUGUCCUAUGAUAUUGUAUCCCAAUUUCUUUGCCACUCACUGUCAGAUGACAUAGAAAAAAGAAAAUGGACCCCAUAAAUUCGUAGCUUUAUCCAGAGAUCUAAAACAUGGCUUGGAUGAUUCACAAUUUCUAAAGACAAUUCCCGUUACAUACUCUGACCAUGAGCACCAAAUGCUCUGUGUAAUUCUAACACCACAUUCUUGGUGAUUAAAACCUGAAGCUUUCUGUUAGUUUUCCUUAAAAUGAAUCCUUUCUUUUACUACCCUAGGAAGGAAAAUCUGGUUCCUACUAUUGAACAUACUUUUUACUCAUACCACAGUAGCUUCCUUUGGGCAGUGUUUUACACCUGGAAUUAUAGGGGUACCUGACUGCUCAGUUAAGCGUCAGACUUCAGCUCACAGUUCAUGGGUUCAAGCCCCGCACAGGGUUCUGUGCUGAGAGCACGGAACCUGGAGCCUGUUCCAAAUUAUAGUGGCCAAUACAAGUAGGCACAUAUAGAUUGGUCUGAAGCUUUCCAGUAUUGAAGGAGCCUCAGCAUUUGACAGAAACAGGGAAAAAAGAAUGUGUGAAUCAUGCCCACCGCACACCCCCGGGGGG